GCGUAGCAAAAAACAAACGAGCGUCGCGAAAUAAACAAUCGAGCAACAAGUGCAAUGGCGCUGGCUGCAACGUAUUCCGCGACUUUUUAAAUGAUUGGUGCGCGCGGUACGACCGUCGUGGUUAAUCCGGGUGCUAGUGAUUUCGAAAAAUUCAGGAAUGCAGAUUACACAAUUCGGAGGCGAUUUCGAAAAACGCGCUGCGAAAAUUUUUCAAAUUUUGCAAAAUUUGAAAUCGAAAAUGGCGCCCGGAAACGUCUGCGGCGGUUGCACGCACAACAUGGCGCAGAAUUCGAAAUCGAUCCGAUGCGAAAUUUGCAAAAAUCGGUUUCAUAUUGCUUGCGCGUCGAUCAAGGACUCUUGGCACAAAGCGAUCCAACAGUGUCAGAAUUUGUUUUGGUUGUGCGACGGGUGCAAACGCGCCUGGGAAAACGGCAAGGAAGAUUUGAAAAUUUCGAAAAAGGAAAUCGAGUGUCUGGAGCGCGAGAAAAGGAUGCUCAAUCGAUUGCUUUCCGAGUUAGAAUACGUGAACGGCCUCCAAAAGAGCGUCAUUCAGAAUUUCGAACAACAUCUGGGAGACGUCAUUAAUGUCGAUGCCGAUACGUUUGCUACGACCAAAGAAGAAGAAUGGAUAAGCAAAAAGAAGACUGAGGUAACCAAUACGAAACAGAUCGAAACAAGGGUCAAGAGACAGGUGGUCCUUGAAGAUGGCAAGGUGGUGGAAGACACUGGUCCGAUGGUCACGACAAACACCACCGAAGACACAGAAACUCAAGAGCACCAUCAAACUGAACAUAGAAAGCUCGGGGAUGAUCUAGACGGGUCCAAGGCUCUAGAAGGUGGCGAAAGAGGAACUCUCAUCAACAGGUCGGAAUGGGUACCCGUACCUAAUCCGGAUGGUGUGGUGAGAGAAGUCAAGGAGCGGAGAGUGGUGUCCCGAGAGGAAAUUGAAGAGGUUAAGGAAACUGAAGAUGUCCAACAUCUGGGCGACAUCAGCGAAGAAGCUUUUCUGGCGGCGGUAAACAGCGGCAAAUCCGAUUUGAGGUCCGUUUUAAGAUCCACGGAGGGAGGAAAAACUCUAGUAUCCACAGGCCCCCGUUUGGUGAGAGACACGACGAAAAGCAAAAAGGUUACCGACACGGAAGAUACCAGAGAACUCAGCUCCGUAUUGCCUGACGGUAAAAUCGUCACCGAAACUCAAAGGACCACGGAACAUGAAGAAGUCAGAGACGACGAGUUACCCGAAGACGCUCCAGAACAAAAUUUUCGAAAGGAAAGUUCACAGAGGUACGUGAAAACGCGUGAGCAAGAAGACGUGGACUAUCUAUCGGGCGGGAAAAAUAUAGGUCAUGAGAUGAGGUACAAAACGGAGACGAUGGAGGUAGAGAAAAGAGGCGACGGAGUCGACGAGCCAGACCUGUUCGAGUCUUUAUCGGCGAGGGCUAGAAGGAGAGGAAACAAUCGUCAACCGCACAGAUACAGAGGCGUGCAAAAUGGCGUUACGAGUCCGCUUGAUCGCAAAGACGCCAUCACAGGACACCCGUUAAAUUUCGACCAGGAGGAGGAGACCAGAAAAGUCGAAACGUCCAAGUGGCUGGAACACCACUUCGGUUCCGAUUCGCGUUCGUCGAACUCAACGUUGGACGAUAUCGACGAUCAUUUGCCGAAAAGUAGCGUGUUUAAUAUAACCGUGAAUAGAAGUCAACCUUCUAGGCCAGAGGGCGCUCAAAAAAAUUUCAUCAGCCCGGUCAAUAGUAGUUCGCCUAGGGUUUAUAGUCCCGUGGAACUCGAUAAAGAUCGCAACCAUCCCUCGGGAUAUUACAAAGGUAUCUCUGAGUGGUCAGAACGUCGCCAAGAACAUCGCUACACCACCCGAACAGACUCACCUUAUCACCAAUCCGCUUCGCCGAGUUCACAGACCCCAUAUCAGCCGUCGCCGCCGCCGCAUUACAACGAAUAUUCCCGACGAUCCCCAGUUCCAGACUACCGUCGUCAACGCUCACCGACCCCUAACGAUAUCCCCAGGCGUUCACCGAUACCCGAUUACAGACCGACGCAUUCGCCAAUCGAUCGCAAAUUAAGAUCACCAAUCCCAGACUACAGGCAAAGGUCGCCUGUACCAGAUUAUAGACAGGGUCACUCUCCCAGUCCUGAUUAUGGUAGAUCAAGAAUAUCACCAAUGAGGGACAUGAAUCCUUCGCCCACUCCACCUCAGCGAAAGAAAACGUCAGAGAAACAAAGACAGCGUGUGGUAGAGGAGAGAACGAGAUACGAUAGUGGCUACAGGUCGGGCCGUUUGGAAGACUCGAGAGACGACAGGGUGGAAAGAGUUGAAGAACCUCCUCCGGAUUAUUCUCCGCCUAGUCCUCCCCCGAUGCCAACGAACGACAAGAAGCAUUUUCAAAAAACAAGAUUUGCUACCGAACAAGCUCCGCAAAAACAGAAGAGUGGGAACAUCAUCGGGCAGUCAAUUCGCAAGUUAGUCAACAAGAUACGGUCGGCCAGUACGGAACGUAAAUCGAAGCAAAGGGUUAAAAGGUCGCCAAGCCCCUCCUAUCAACCCGGUCAUGUCAUAGACGCGAAUAUCGGUACCGCGAUGGAACGACAGCCAGUGCAAAGAUAUUAUUUGGGUGAAGACCCGUUUGCCGGAAGUAUCUACGGCAGGGAAAAUAAAUACGACGGCGUCAAACCGGCCAGAAGCUCCAGAAGACCAAAGGAAGAAGACAGAAGGUCGCACAGUACGCUGGGACGGCUCAGCAAAUCAACUGGUCGGUUGAUUAACCAUCGGGGUACUGAAGUGGACCGCAGCUCUCAGACUUUGCCCAGGCACCCCAAUAAGUACGACGUCAACGGCAGAUUGGACAAGAACGUCAAGUCCAGUAGUACUUUGAACGUAUCCACUGGGAAUAGCAUACAUUCAUCCAGGUUCGCCAACGAAGGUCCAGCUAAGCCGGCACGAACUUACAAAUCGAACUUGGCGAGGAGCAAAAGUCUUAUAGUCCACGGGGAAGAACCGUUCCGGAACAACAUGUACACCUCGAAUCCUCACAUCCACAGAUUGGACGAAAACCCGAUCGGUCUGAAGAGUCCUGGCCUCAUUUCGAGCCUCAGCAGAAGUCAAAAGGACCUGAACGGUGACGUCUACAUCCCUCGUUUCCAUAGAAACGGGGUGGAUACCGUGGAUAACGCCAGGAAAACGGGCUUCGAGCGGAACGAAAAGCGGGUCUACAUUUCGAACGUUAAAGAUCGAGCGCCGGACAUGUUCAAAACCGUUGUCGAAAACGGGGACGACUGGAAACCGAAAAACUUCAGCACCCCGGUCGGUAAAAGCGCGCGAAAUUUCAAUGGAUCCGACGUCUACGAACCGCCAACUCGAUUAAGAGAAAGCAACAUUGUGUCGACUGCUCCCAACUCGAUACUACGUCGCGGCAGUACUUCCAGUACCGAUUUCUCGGAGACGUACCGUACGACGACCCGAAACGACGACCCGGUCAGACCGAGCGUCACCAACACUGUGAAAACGGUCAGCAAGAAAACGAUACCGAGCAAAGACGGGAGAUCGGUCGAGACGAUCGAAUCGAGCGAGACCAAAUCGAUCACGAAAAGUCACUACAGGGGCAACCGAACAGAUCCGUCGGUGAAGUAUUACGAAACGGAGAGACGAUUUAGAGAUGGCGGUACUUCUAAUUCGAAACCUAUCGUUAUAGAAGUGAAAAAUUACAGGAAAUGAGGAGACCGUCGUGCUGAUACCGCCAAGUCUGAUUAAAUUAGUCGCGAGACACACACACCCUCGAGUGGAUUAAUUGUAUCGUAUCACGUGCCAUCAUCGUCGUCGUCCUCGUCGCCAUUUUUAUAUUUUUUUUAAAGGGUCGCCUUUGUUGUUAAUGUGAAUACUUGCCAGUUUAAGUUAAACAUUCAUUUAGUUUGAGUUUUUUUUUCGAACAUACUGGUACCGUUCGCGAUAGUAAGUCAACGGUACUGUAUGUUUAGCAGUAGGUUUUAAUAAGACUAAUACAAUGGAAGGAUUAGUUAACAGGCCACGCAUCGCGUAAAUGCUAAUUCAUGUUGUGCUCAAUUCUUCUCGUUGCUGUAAAUAGGCCGUUUUCAAAACGAUGUAAUUAUUUAACAAGGAUAAUUUAAUAAAAUUUACGUUAAAUUA